GAGCUUUUAGAGGUUAUACCCAUUGUGAGAGAGGAUCCAAAUGGCUCCGAGAACCGAUUCUCAAUCCCAAUCCGCCAUGUCAGACACCUCCGUCGAAUCAUCGAUCGAUCCGAUCUUCCACAUUCUCCGUCUCAUCCCAUUCUCCUUCCUCCGUCCACCGCGUCUCCGUCUCAAGCUCCCUUCCUUCACUCUCCCCUCUCCGAUGACCGUGUUCGCGCUGAUUCUCCUCACCUACUUCCUCGUCAUCUCCGGAUUCGUCUACGAUGUGAUCGUGGAGCCUCCAGGUAUCGGGUCGACCCAGGAUCCAGUCACAGGGGCGAUACGGCCCGUGGUGUUCAUGUCGGGUCGGGUCAACGGGCAGUAUAUUAUAGAAGGUCUUUCGUCGGGGUUCAUGUUCGUGAUGGGUGGGAUCGGGAUCAUAAUGUUGGAUCUGGCGUUGGAUAAGAAUCGAGCCAAGAGUGUGAAGGCUUCGUAUGCUACGGCUGGUGUCUCGUCAAUUGUGAUGGGUUAUGUUAUGAGUAUGCUUUUUAUCCGUAUUAAGAUCCCUGGUUAUCUCCAUUAGAGUUGUUUUAGAUCACUUUGGUACUGCUGUGGGCUCUCUAGUUUAAGUUUAAGAUCGAUCGUUGAGAAAAGAUGUAACUUUUGUGUGUUUCUAAAACUUCCAGAUUCUCUACUUAGUUCUGAGUUUCUUGUUUGGUAUGGUAAUUUCAGCAUUGAAUGUUGGCAUCUGCGUUUGAUAUAUCAAUCUGAUCGUUUAGACUUGUGUUAAAAAGAUCAUGUGAGGUUUUCUGCAACUGUUAUAUCAACAAGCAUUCUUGAUCCUGCGAAAUGGCGGUUUGCUUGAAUUCUUUUUCAUCUGCUAUGGUUCAAUCUUCAGAACGCAUGAUUCUUUUAAUCGAUUGUUAGAGAUUUUGUAAUUGCUCAGUCAUUUUGGUAAUUUCAUAAAUUUUUUUAUCUGGAUUCACUGUAAAGAAACGUGAACGUUGGUGUGAGUAUUCAA